CUUCAGUUGUGAAUCCGAAGCAAGACCUCGACAACUGUAACGCCACCGCCGCGCCUGAAGGACGACAACAGUCGAGAUGGCCUCUCACUCUCAGGUUUUGGUGGAAGAGAAAUCGAGUGUUAGAAUCUUGACACUGAACAGACCAAAGCAGCUGAACGCUCUGUCCUUCCAAAUGAUCUCUCGGUUGCUGCAACUGUUCCUUGAAUAUGAGGAGGAUUCUAGUGUGAAAAUUGUUAUCCUUAAGGGUCAGGGAAGAGCCUUUUGUGCUGGUGGUGAUGUUUCAGCUGUUGUUCGUGACAUCAGACUAGGCAAGUGGAGACUUGGUGCCAAGUUCUUCUCAGAUGAAUACAUGCUCAACUAUGUUAUGGCCACCUAUAGCAAAACUCAGGUUUCAAUUUUGAAUGGUAUUGUCAUGGGAGGCGGCGCUGGUGUCUCUGUCCAUGGUCGGUUUCGUAUUGCAACUGAGAACACGCUUUUUGCCAUGCCCGAGACAGUUCUGGGACUCUUUCCGGAUGUAGGCGCAUCCUUCUUCUUGUCUAGGCUCCCUGGCUUUUUUGGUAACAUAAGUCAUUUGUUUCUGCAUUUCCUUCAGAAUUCACUAAAGUUUCUCCCUCUCGCACCCUUCUUAUCUUCUUGUUCAGGAGAGUAUGUUGGACUCACAGGAGCUAGGUUAGAUGGCUCUGAAAUGCUUGCUUGUGGUCUUGCAACUCAUUAUCUGCCUUCAACUAGGUUGACUGCUUUGGAAGCAGAACUCUGCAGAGUUGAUUCAAGUGAUCCAACCUUUGUCUCAACAAUUCUCGAUGCAUAUUCUCAGAAACCGCACCUGAAACAGCAGAGUGCUUACCACAGGUUGGAUGUUAUUGAUAGGUGCUUCUCGGGGAGAACAGUGGAAGAAAUUAUAGCUGCACUUGAGAGAGAGAACACCCAUGGAGGCGAUGAAUGGAUCUCAGCCACUAUUCAAGCAUUGAAAAAGGCUUCACCCGCAAGCCUUAAAAUCUCUCUUAGAUCGAUAAGAGAAGGACGAUUGCAGGGGGUGGGGCAGUGCCUUAGCCGUGAGUAUAGAAUGGUGUGUCAUGUGCUAAAGGGAGAUAUAAGCAAAGAUUUUGUGGAGGGGUGCAGAGCCAUAUUGAUAGACAAAGAUAAGAAUCCAAAGUGGGAGCCAUGGCGGCUGGAGGAGAUGAAGGAGGGGAUGGUAGAUCAGUACUUCAAGAGAGUGGAGGAAGAGGAGGAUCUAAAGCUUCCACCAAGGAAAAAUUUGCCUGCCUUAGCAAUGGCAAAGCUGUGAAGUGGAGAAAAGGUGAUGGAGCACUAUUGGUUUAGGUCUGAAAAAGGAAAAUAAAUGUUGUAAACUAGGCUUUUGUGUUGAACUGGCCUUUGCAUAUAUACAUACAUACACGUAUUGAUAAUAAUGCAUAAAUGGAAGGCAAUCAAAAAAUAAUUAUUGUAAUGAAAGAUGACACCAAAUCAAAG